CUUCCUUUGCAUUUAUAGUAAGUAGUACGUACCAGCAUCUCUCUCUCAAAGCCAUAACUGUCCAAAGUUCGAUCAAAUUACAUGCAGUUCUCGAGCCUGUAUCCUGUCCAUUUGACAACAUGGCUCCUCAUCUUCAUUCUCAACUUGUUCUCAUUCACAUUUUCCGAUCCUCGAAUCGGUGAAUCCGGCCUCUUCUGCGGCCUGAACAGACCGCCUCCGAACACCAGCUACAUCCCACUUUUCGUCAAAGAAAUGGAAAAAAUUUCAGCACUCGUCACCGACAACAACUGGGGCCAUUAUGCAAUGAACCAAACUCGCAUAUCCAUCUAUGCCUUGGCCCAAUGCUACCAAGAUCUUUCUCACACUGAUUGCCUCCUCUGCUACGCUGCGAGCAGAACCAGGCUCCCUCGUUGCCUCCCCUGUAUCAGCUCGUAUAUAUCUCGACGGAUGCUUCCUGCGCUAUGAUGAUUAUAAUUUCUUCAACGAGAGCACUGAUCCUAUUAUAGAUACCUUCAACUGUAGCAGCUCAGCCGGGCUGGCCACUGCUGAAGAAGCGGCGAGUUUUGGGAAGAGAGCUAGGAAUUGGUUGAUAAUGUUAGCAUAGCAGCUGCGAUGGGCGGCGGGUAUGCAGUGAGGGAUCUGAAUGGAGUGUACGGUCUGGCGCAGUGUUGGAAGACUUUGAGCAAACAAGGUUGUAAAGAAUGUUUGGCUAAGGCAAGCAGAAAUGUGAAAGGAUGUCUGCCUAGCAGGGAAGGCAGGGGAUUGAAUGCUGGCUGUUACUUGAGGUACUCCACCCAGAAAUUCUACACCGAUCGGCCUCAGAAUGUCAGCAGCAGUUCCGGAGCCUCAAAAACUGGAAAAACAGUGGCCAUAGCUUCGUCUGUCACGGCCUUCUGUAUGAUCUCAGCUUUUGCCGCUUACGCAUUAUACGCAAGAUUCAAGAAAACCAAGCAAGAGCGGAGAAAUCUAGGCCGAAUCUCCAGCACAUAUAACAAGUCCAAUUUGAACUUCAAAUAUGAGACCUUGGAGAAAGCCACAAAUUAUUUUGCCAAGACUAAAAUAGGCCAAGGAGGAGCCGGUUCUGUGCAUAGAGGAACUCUCCCUGAUGGAAAAGUUAUUGCUGUCAAGAGGUUAUUCUUCAAUACCAGGCAAUGGGUGGAUGAAUUUUUCAAUGAGGUGAACUUGAUUAGUGGAAUUCAACACAAGAACCUCGUGAAGCUGUUGGGUUGCAGCAUUGAAGGCCCUGAGAGCCUGUUGGUUUACGAGUUUGUCCCAAACAUGAGCCUUGAUCAGUACCUCUUUGAUAAGAAGGAAGUUAAGGUUCUAAGUUGGAAGGAGCGGUUUCAAAUUAUAGCGGGAAUAGCAGAAGGGAUUGCAUUUCUUCAUGGAGGGGCAGAGAUCAGAAUAGUCCACAGAGACAUCAAGAGCAGCAACGUGCUUCUUGAUGAGAAUCUUACUCCAAAAAUUGCCGACUUUGGAUUGGCUAGGCAUUUUGCUGAGGAUAAAACUCACCUUAGUACAGGAAUUGCCGGGACAUUAGGAUAUAUGGCUCCUGAAUACCUUGUCAAGGGACAGCUGACAGAGAAGGCGGAUGUGUAUAGUUUCUUGGUUCUGGAGAUUGUCUGCCGUAGGAAGAAUAACGCUUUUGUGGAAGACUCUGUAUCUCUUUUGCAGACGGUCUGGCAGUUUUACAAAACGGAUAAACUUGCGGAAAAAGUGGACCCUUCUCUCGAGGGUGAGUUUCCAGCGCUAGAGGCAUCGAACGUGCUUAAGAUCGGGCUUCUAUGCACCCAAGCUUCUGCAUCUUCAAGGCCAUCAAUGGAUGAAGUCGUUCACAUGCUUACAGAUUCUAAUGGUCAAGUUCCUGAACCAAAUCAACCGCCGUUUAUAAACUCCAGCGUGCUGGCUCCCAGUUCUACGGGGUCUUACAGCAGCACGAGCAGCUUGCUUCGAAAUGCAUUCAACAAAUUCGAGGCAUCCUACACGUCUACGGAGUCAUCCAGCUUGCAGAGUUCAAAUGAACCGGCCAGAAGUCACGAGCUGCGGGAUUAGCGGUCCCCUUGGAUUUCAUUGCUUGCUUCUGUAAAAAUUCUCGUGUUUGUGCGGCCUCUGUAAAAAAGCGUUAAUCCCCGGUGUGAAAAUUUUGAAGUAUCCAAUUCCUAGGACACAAAACACAACCAACGGUAGGAAUUUUGUAACAUCUUUUCUUAUUUGUUUCUCUUCUUCUUCUUCUUUUGGAGAGACAAAGGUACAUUAAUUAUUUGGUGGGUCAUAUGUAUCUGUAAAAAAGCUAAGAAGAUUUCCAGAAAACCGUGAAACUGUUACUUGGUAUGAAAGCAGCAGUUAUGAUUAUGA